AUGCUCGGUGGCGACCCGUCACUGUUUAGCUCAGCCCAAGCUCGCAUCGCGCAGCUGGCGGGCGACUCUUCGGCGGGGUGCCCGCGUUGGGUCCUGGUGCUGGCCCUGCUUGCCCCGGCUGUCUCGCUCUUCCUCGCCCGAACACCAUCUGCCCGUCUUCGAAUGGCCCCGCCAUCGACUACAUCCCAUCCCAAACAGCCCCGCGGCAGCCCGGUCUCGGGCCAGGAGGAGCAGCAGCAGCUACAGCAUCGCACCCACGACCCCGCCGUGACAGACCCGCCGUUGCUGCAGAAGCACUUGGCCUUCAAGUCAUACACUACCAGCCGCUUCACCUACCCGGCCAUACGCACCGUCUUCCGUCGCCACUCCAAGAUUGACGAGCUGCCCGUCUCGCCCUCGCCCAUCCCCUUGCUCGUCUUCAUCCAUGGGCUGGGAGGGUCGGCCGCCCAGUUCCAGCCGCUCUUGACGUCGCUCAUCAACGUCUCGUCGUGUCUCGUCGUCGAUCUUCCCGGCUGCGGCCGCUCCGAGUUUGCGCCCACUGACUGGGAUGCCUACACCACUGACUCCCUCGUCGAGCUGCUCGAGCUCGUCAUCGAGGACUACCGCGAAAAGGAUGCUGGUCAACAGGUCGUGUUGAUCGGCCACAGCAUGGGCGCCGCCCUCGCUGCCCAGCUCGCCAGCAAGGUCUCGCCCCGCCGCUCCGUCGUUUCCGACAAUGUCCUUGGCCUUGUUGCCAUAUGCCCGCCGUCCCAACCACCCUCCGAGAAGCAGACCUCUCUCUUCCGGAAGCUGCUCUGGAUUCCUACGCCAAUUUUCAACCUCUGGCGCGCGUGGGACCGUAGAGGCGGCGUCGAGAGUGCAAGCGUGCGCAGGUUUGUUGGACCUGGCGCUGACCUCGAGGCCCGCAAGCGCCAAAACCGCUUCAACAACCAGAGCCAAACACGGGUGUGGCGGCGCAUGGCCUGGGGAUCGCUGGCCGUAUAUGGGAAGGGUGAGCCGCGGGGCGGCAUUGCAGGCAAGCGUAUAUGGCAGGGCAUUGACGUCCCCGUAUACCUUAUAUCAGGGGCUGAUGACCAUGUCACCCCACCCGCCGAUGCCGAGAGAAUUCGUGGAUGGCUUUCUGCCAACUGCUCUCGCCCCGAAGACGGACAGGGUCCCGAGUCUCGCACAAUAGUCGCCUCUGCCGCCCCCGUUGACCUCCCGGAAGCGCCACUCCAAAGGACGGAGAGUCCAGGAUACAACAGGGACGCAGUCCAAGUGGCUGCAGGGCUCGAUAAACCCAUAAGCGAGAGCGAGGAGCGGCAGAACGACCCCUCGACCCCGCGAGAGGAUACCCCUGACUUGCCGCCGCUGCGAGCCUGCUCUCACCAAAUGGUCGAGUCGGUAACGCUCCCGUCUCCAGCAACGCAUGCACUGCUCUACACACCAUCUACCGAGCGCGUCUUGGCGGGCCUUGUGUCGGACUUCCUCAGCACCAGUGUCAGUCCGCGCCUGUCACUGGGCUGGCAGCUGCAGUACCUCUCGAGGGAGGGCAAGUGGGACGUCAAGAACCUGGCCAAAUGGCGGGAGGUGGAGCAGGUGUCGGAGCCCAUAGCAGGCAUCUUCCGGGCCAUGAAGACGCUGCGCGAGGUGGACGAAACGCACUGCCCUGCCGUCUUUGUAGCAAAAUGGGGUCACAUCAUCAAGGACGUCAUCGACAUAUCGCAUGAUACGCCCGUGUACGAUUCGCGCGGGCUCGAAUCCGGCGGCAUCCGCUACCACAAAUUCCCUACUGUCUCAAAAAUCCCGCCGACGGAUUAUGAGAUCGAUGCUUUUAUCGCCCUUGUAGACAAGAUCCGGGCGGAGCAGCAGCUGAGGCUGCAGAGCGAGGCUACCGACGCCGCAUCCCGGGGCGAGGCCGUGGACGCACAGCGGAAGUAUAUGAUUGCUGUCCACUGCCAUUAUGGUAAAAACAGGACCGGUUACUUCAUUGUUUGCUACCUGGUCGAGCGCUGUGGGUUCGACGUCCAAGCAGCCAUCGACGAGUUUGCGCGAGCUCGGCCCAAGGGAAUCCGGCACCAACACUUUCUCGAUAAAUUGCAUGUUAAGUACUCUCUGCGGAGGAAGCGAUAA